AUGCCACUGAUAUCAAAGAUUUUUGAGUUUUUCUUGCUCCAUGAUUUGGGGGCAGUGAAUGGCGGAGGCAUAUUUAACCUGAGAAACUCGAAAAAUGGAGAUCCUGAGCCCGGAAGGUGCAAGAGAACGGACGGCAAGAAGUGGAGGUGCUCGAAAAAAGUGGCUUCGAACCAAAAAUACUGUCAGCGCCACUUGCACAGCCGUCCUGGUUCAAGAAAGCUUGUGGAAGUAAAAAACAAUGCCUCUAUCAACACCAAUAUGCAAGCCACUAGCGCUCCCACAGACCAGAUUCUUGCAUCAAAUAAGACCCCUCUACUGUAUUAUCCUAGAACUGAUCUAAAUAAUUCUUUAGCCUCUUAUAAGGAAUCUAACAGGCUGGUUUUUGAAUGGCAACUAGCUUGUGUUAAAUCAUCAGUAUCUUUGGACACACACGACUUUGGUGUUGUUGACGGUGGUAGCCCAGGCUAUGAUGGUGGUGGUCUUGAGGUGCCAAUGGUUCCGUUGCUAGUUACAUGUGGCUAUGGUGAGGUGGUGUACGUUUGGUUGUCGAUGUUGGGAAUGGUGCAACUUCAGAUAUUACAAGAGCACAGUGACGAAGUCUGGUUCUUGCAGUUUUCUCACAAUGGAAAAUACUUGGCCUCUUCAUCCAGUGAUUGUCUAGUGAUUAUAUGGGAGGUAAAAUUGGAUGGUCGAGUCUCCUUGAAGCAUAGAUUAUCUGGUCAUCAGAAACCUGUCUCAUGCAUUUCAUGGAGCCCUGAUGAUCAACAACUUCUUACUUGUGGAGUGGAGGAUGCAAUGAGACGAUGGGAUGUUACGUCCGGUGAAUGCCUCCAUAUUUAUGGAAAAAAUGGCCUUGGUUUUGUCUCUUGUGGAUGGGCUCCAGAUGGAAAAAGGAUAUUUUCUGGUGUUACUGACAAAAGCAUCAGUAUGUGGGAUCUGGAAGGGAGAGAAGUAGAAUGUUGGAAAGGACAAAGAACUAUUAGGAUAUCUGACUUGGGAAUAACUAGGGAUGGGAAAGAGCUUAUUACUGUCUGUAAAGAGACUACUAUACUGUUAUUUGGAUGGGAAUCACAGUCGGAGAAAUUAAUAGAAGAGAGUCAAAAUAUAGUGUCAUUUACUUUAUCCGAAGACAGCAAGUUUUUGCUUGUCAGCCUGUCGAACCAAGAGAUUCAUCUUUGGAAUAUAGAUGAUGAUAUAAAUCUAGUAGCCAAAUUCAAAGGUCACAAACGUUCUCGUUUUGUUCUAAAGUCCUGCUUUGGUGGACUACAUCAAGCGUUUAUUGCUAGCGGAAGUGAGGACUCAAAGGUUUAUAUAUGGCACCGAGUCUCAGGAGAGCUCGUUUUGACGUUGUCUGGACAUUCUGGGGCUGUCAACUGUGUUAGUUGGAAUCCUGCUAAUCCUCACAUGCUGGCUUCCGCAAGUGAUGACCGUACAAUUCGCAUAUGGGGCUUGAAUCGGGUAUGUUUAAAUCACGAUGAUAAGCACAGUAAUGGCACCUAUCACUGCAAUGGUGGAACUUGAAGUUGGGGACGAGAAACACUGUCUAUCAUUGUAUUUCUUAACAAAUUGGUUUAUGUAAAUUUUUUUACUUCAACAUUCAGUUGACAUAUAAUGAACAAGAAUUUGAACAUGCAUUCACCAGGACAAUAAACUGUGUACUUCGUUUCCA